AUGGUAGACCUACCAUCUCAAAACUCGGAAAUGUCUGUGGAAGAUGCUGAUAGCAUCUCUGGUUCAUUCAAGUUAGAGCCCCCAACAGUUGAUGCAGUAUUGCAGGAUGUUGUGAAACCGUUUGGAGUAUGGCAAAUAGUCAUCUUAACGCUCUGCAUUUUUACUGAUAUUCCAACCAUAAUUUUCCCAAUUUAUGGUGAUUCAAUGCCUUCAAAAUUUCACUGUCAAAUGGAACCACACAUUCAGGAGAUGCUCCUACCGAAUAAAACUGCAACGCCUCCUUCAAAAAUUCACCAACCGAAAGGUCCAAUGGAGCUUUCUGGAAACAGUUAUCCAGUACCAUUUGACAAGGUUGCUUCUGCCAUUGGUCCAUGGGGAAAUCAAACUAAAAAACCUGGAUGUCACCGGUAUAAGCGGAAUUACUCAAACAUUACGAGCUUGAAGGAACUCUUCUUGAGUGCACAAAAGCCAGUCCCUUUAGAAGCUUGUCCAUGGGGAUACGUCUAUGAGGCGGAUGAAUAUCAGUAUCCUUCAGGAAUUGCUAUUGAAUGGGACUUGGUGUGUGACAGAGAGUGGCUCGUUUCACUGAGUACGUCCAUGUACAUGUUUGGAAUGAUGCCGGGAAUGUGGGUUGGGGGUAUGGCUGCUGAUGUUAUCGGUAGAAGACCAACAGCAAAUCUCUUCUGGGGUUUUCAAAUGGUUAUUGGUAUCGCCUGCUCGUUCGCUCCCGAUAUCAUAACCUUCGUGGUUUUCAGAUUCCUCCUUGCAUUUGCAACCGUCGCCAGAGCUAAUGCUCUGCUCAUUCUUCCUGUUGAACUUACUACCGCAAAAUAUCGAUUUAUCAUUUCCUCCAGUAUGUGCAUCGCGCAAGGAUUGCUCAUUCGAGGUCUAGCAACUCUUGCUGCCUAUUAUAUUCCCUAUUGGCGAUGGUUACACUUAGCUAUUGUAGCACCACUUGCUCUGGGUGUUCUACAGUUCUGGAUCAUACCUGAGUCUCCUCGAUGGCUGCUUUCAAAGAAACGAGCUGUGGAAGCGGCUGAUGUUCUUUAUCGGGGAUAUCUCAUUAAUUUAAGGGGUUGGCGUUUCUGGAGGAAUAAAGAAACAGCUAAGCUACAUCUAGGAGAUUUUAUCAACUACUUCUCCUCUACAUUUGAGGAGAAAACUGAGGAAGAAGUGCAAAUGCACUGUUGUCAAUCUUUCUGUGAUCAGUUAAAACAACCAUAUCAGACUAAAUAUCUAUUGAAGGUUAGCGUUAUUGCAACUUUCCUAUUCACGGCUCAAGCUGCUUGUCUUAUUGGAGUAAUGCUCUAUGGACGAAUUGUAAAAGGCUAUGUCUACAUUGUUGCUUUAAUCAACAAUCUCACUGGCAUCCCAGGAACUAUUCUCUCCGCGAUUUUGUAUGCUAAAAUUCGACGUAGAAGAAUGCCACUUCUGAUUACUUCGAUUUUAGCAACUCUGAGUCUGAUUUUCGGAGGUGCUUAUACAGCUUUAGCAAGUUCAGGAAAUGAUAUAAUACUAACCAUCAGUUCUAACAUUGCUCUUGUACUCUGCACAGCCAUAAGCAAUAUGAUACUCACAUAUAUUCCCGAGCUAUAUCCUUCCUGUAUUCGAUCUCAAGGAUUAGGAAAUGCUGCCGGAAUAGGAAGAAUUGGUGCGACGAUUGGAACUUUCGUGAACGGUCUAGAUGAGAAAGUUGGGCAUGGAAUACCAAUGCUUGUAUAUGCUGGGUUUCUGCUUGCUUCUUGUUUCGCUCUAGUAUUCCUUCCUGACACAACGGGUGAAAAUUUGCAAGAUGUAAUAGAAGAAAAGCCUGAGAACGGUCCAGAAUCUGAAGAGGUUCUAAAAUUGUAA